GUUUUUCUUAUCAUAGAAUGUAUUUUUAAUAUUUCUUCAUCUUUGACUGAGAUGUCCUCAAAUAUAAUUGCUCAUGAAGACUUAAUUUUUUGUCGGAGCUUUUGUACGGAACAGUUUCAGUGCACUCCAAACUCCUUGGAACGCACUCCGAGCCCCCUGGAAUGAAUCAAAUUACACAUUUGGAAAUUUGAGAUAAUUCAGUGAAUGCCAAAGAAAAUUGGUGCGCGGAGCCGUAAGUUAGAACGCCUAACUCUGCAUCUUUGAUGGCGGAGGAGAGAAGAUUGGGGGAUCAACAUUUAUCACAAAGCGUGACGCCCGAAUGGCUUGCACAGGCAGAGGCCGCCGUUCCACAUGACAAGCAGGAUAACACUCUGGGCACGCCUAGAAAUGAAGGAAGUGAAACGUUGAGCGUCAUUGAGGAAUUUAAUAAAUGGCGGAAGAAUCCGGAGCUAGCCGAAGCCGUGGCAGCUAUCAGGGCAUUGACGACUGUAAUUAAGCACAGCCAGGCUCAUACCAUGAUGGAACUCGAACAUGAGCUCACGAGCGCUUCUCACUCUCUCAAGGCAUGGGAUGAGACAUCUAUUUCGCUGUCUGCUGGGUGUGACCUUUUCAUGCGAUAUGUGACUAGGACAAAUGCUUUGGAGUAUGAAGACUUUUUUGCUGGCAAAUCUCGUCUGAUAGAGCGGGGUGAAAGAUUUGGUGAAAUCUCCUUUAAGGCUCGUAAGACUAUUGCAAUGCUUGGGCAAGAUUUUGUACAGGAUGGUAGUACCAUCCUUGUUCAUGGGUUUUCAAGAGUUGUCUUCACACUACUAAAGAUGGCAGCAUUGAAUGGGAAGCACUUUAGUGUUAUAUGCACUGAAGGCCGGCCUGAUAAUACAGGCAUAGAAAUGUCAAAGGAGCUGGUUGCUGCUGAUGUUCCUGUUAAAUUAAUAUUAGACUCAGCAGUUGCGUAUACCAUGGAAAAGAUUGAUAUGGUACUUUUUGGUGCGGAUGGCGUUGUUGAGAGUGGAGGUAUUAUCAAUAUGAUUGGAACAUAUCAAACUGCAUUGGUGGCUCACAGCAUGAAUAAACCUGUCUAUGUAGCUGCUGAAAGUUACAAGUUCACUAGACUUUCUCCCCUUGAUCAAAGGGACAUGUCCCCAACACCGUGCAUGAUUAACUUCAGCGUACCUGUGCCUCAAUCAGCUGAAGUUGAAUCAUCUAAAAGGGAUUACACUCCUCCUCAGUAUCUUACUCUGUUGUUCACGGACUUGGGCAUUCUAACACCAUCAGCUGUCAGUGAUGAGCUAAUUCAAUUGUAUUUAUGAUAAUUAAUAACUCUCAGGUUCUUUACCUGUGUCCCUGUUGCAGCAAUAUCCUUCUUAUCCAUUUGCAAUUUUGCAGUCAUGGUCCACCUCUUACAAGACCAUUUCUUGUCAUUCUGAAGUACUUUGUAAGAAAUAUAACACAUGAAAAGUGUCCCUCAAGUUGCUACCUUCAGCAGAGUCUCUCACGCCACUUUUGUUUUUAGCAGACAGGCAGCCAUCAAAUAUGGUGAUUUGCGAAUUACAUAUGAAAAUGAACCAAAGGUUGCAAAAUUGAAUCAUGUUCAUGUAUUUUUGCUUACUCACGUUAAUCUGAGUUUAUUACCCGAGGCUAUUACCAUAUUUAACAUCUCACUUUUUGUGAGUUAGAUAUUUUAUACUUCCGUCCUGCUGGGUGAUAUAGUUUCCUGAGUGAACCUGGGUGUUAAUUUAUGUUGAUCCUUUUCAUUCUUGUCAA